GACAGUAAUGUCGUCGUCUAAUUUAGAAGCACCUCCAUUAAUGCGAAAAUUAUUAAUUGGACAAUUAUUUCAUAAUAUUGAUAAAUUGCCAAUAUAUAAUUCAAUUCGACAAAUUUGGGAAAUGGAUCUCUUUGACAACAACAUCACCACCACCAAUAAUACUAAUAAUAGUGUUCUGAAGAAAUUAUCAUGGUGUAUGCUUUGGUUACAAGGUAGAAUCAUUAAAAAUUAUCACUCACCUAAUAGUAAUAAUAAUAAUUUCAUAUUAGAUGAUGGUACAGGUGAAUUAUUAAUUGUUUAUGAUUUAGACAAAAACCAACCAGUCAAUUAUAAAGUAAAUAUUGGAGAUUAUGUUGCUGUAAUUGGUAAAUUAGUUCAACCUAAUAAAGAUAAUAAUAAUGACUAUAAUGAUAAAAAGGAAUGUUUAAAUGGUUGGCAUAUUCUAGCUAAAAGUGUUACAUAUUUAACUGAUCAUAUUAUACAACAAGAUAAUGGUGAAUUAUUAUAUACAUCAUCAUCGUCAUCAUCACAAAAGAUCAUGUCGAAUUCAGCAUUUUAUGAAUUAUCUUGGCCUUUAGAAGUUAUAGAUAUGACAUAUUCUGUAUAAAAUUGAAUAUGUUUUGUAAAUACUAUUUUUCUAUAAUGUAAAAUAAAAAUGUUCACAUUGAC